AUGAAGCACCUCCUCCUCCUCGCCAUGCUCUGCAUCUCCCUGGCCAGCGGCUUGAAAAGGGUGACCCUGACACGGCGCCGCUCCCUGCGGAAGUCACUGCGGGACCGUGGGCAGCUCUCCCACUUCUGGAAAGCCCACAGGCUCGACAUGGUCCAGUACAGCGAGGACUGCGCUGCCUUCAAGGAGGUCAACGAGCCCCUCAUCAACUACCUGGACAUGGAGUAUUUCGGGCAGAUCUCCAUCGACCCCCCCCAGAACUUCACCGUGGUAUUCGACACGGGCUCCUCCAACCUCUGGGUGCCGUCCGUCUACUGCGUCAGCAAAGCCUGCGCUCAGCACACCAAGUUUCAGCCAUCACGGUCCAGCACGUACCAGGCGAUAGGGACCCCCUUCUCCAUCCAGUACGGGACCGGCAGUUUGACGGGGGUCAUCGGAUCUGACCAACUAGUCGUUGAGGGCCUCACUGUGAGCAACCAGCAGUUUGCAGAGAGCAUCAGUGAGCCGGGAAAAGUCUUCCUGGAUGCCGAGUUUGAUGGGAUCCUGGGGCUGGCUUACCCCUCGCUGGCCGUGGAGGGGGUCACCCCUGUCUUCGACAACAUGAUAGCACAAAAUCUGGUGGAGCUGCCCAUGUUCUCCGUCUACAUGAGCACGAACCCCGAAUCCUCCCUGGGAGGAGAGCUGCUCUUUGGUGGCUUUGACACCUCUCGCUUCACGGGGACCCUGAACUGGGUGCCAGUCACCCAGCAAGCGUACUGGCAAAUCCAGCUGGACAACAUCCAGCUGGAUGGGACAGUGGCUUUCUGCACGGACGGCUGCCAGGCCAUCGUGGACACCGGGACGUCGCUCAUCACAGGUCCCACCACGCACAUAAAAGAAUUGCAAAGACAUAUUGGUGCCAUGCCUGUGGAUGGAGAGUACUCCGUGGAGUGCAGCAACCUCAACGUGAUGCCCAGCAUAACCUUCACCAUCAACGGGCUCCCCUACACGCUCAGCGCCCAGGUCUACACCCUCAUGGAGUACAGCGACGGAAUGGCCUUCUGCACCAGCGGCUUCCAGGGGAUGGACAUUGCCCCUCCCGCCGGACCCCUCUGGAUUUUGGGCGACGUUUUCAUCCGUCAGUUUUACUCCGUCUUUGACCGUGGAAAUAACAGGGUGGGGUUGGCCCGCGCCGUCCCUUAG